UAAAUAGAAUAAAUUUGCACUUCCUACAGAACGAGCGAAAGAACCGGAGCUAUUUUCCAACUUUUCACGUUCGAUACUUCUCUGCCCAAUCUACUGUACGGUUCAGCUGAAAACAAUGGCAUCGUUGUUGAAAAUUUCAGCUGGCCUGCGGGCGUAUAGCCGCAGCCAUCAGCUGUUGUUGCGGCGCACCAAGGUCUCGAAUGCUGCCGAAUUCCGUGCCGCUCUGGUCAAUGUGCCACCGACGGAGGUUACGACGCUUGGAAGUGGACUGCGUGUCGCUAGCGAAGAUUCCGGUUCACAAACGGCCACCGUAGGUCUGUGGAUUGAUGCCGGCUCCCGGUAUGAGGAUAACAGCAACAAUGGGGUGGCACACUUCCUGGAGCAUAUGGCGUUCAAGGGUACGGCCAAGCGUUCCCAAACCGAUCUGGAACUGGAGGUAGAAAACAUGGGUGCCCACCUAAACGCAUAUACAUCCCGCGAACAGACUGUGUUCUACGCCAAAUGCCUUUCCAAAGAUAUAUCGAAAGCCGUCGAAAUUUUGUCCGACAUUAUCCAGAACUCGAAGCUCGGCGAGUCGGAGAUCGAACGUGAGCGCGGAGUAAUCCUGCGGGAGAUGCAAGAGGUCGAAAGCAACCUUCAGGAGGUAGUGUUCGAUCAUCUGCAUGCGACCGCAUAUCAAGCCACGCCGCUCGGUAACACCAUCCUCGGACCGACCAAGAACAUCCAAUCCAUCGGCAAGUCGGACCUGCAGCAGUACAUCGACUCACACUACAAGGCGCCACGUAUCGUGCUGGCAGCAGCCGGUGGUGUCCGUCACGAUGAUCUGGUACGUUUGGCCGAACAGAACUUGGGCAAGGUGAGCUCCGCCGUAGAUAGCAAGGCAGCGGGAUUAGCUGCGUGCCGUUUUACUGGUUCGGAAGUGCGUGUGCGCGACGACUCCCUACCACUUGCUCAUGUUGCGAUUGCUGUCGAAGGUUGUGGCUGGACCGAUCAGGACAAUGUGCCGCUGAUGGUGGCCAACACGCUGAUUGGCGCGUGGGAUCGCUCGCAGGGUGGCGGUGCAAAUAAUGCAUCCAAGUUGGCUGUUGCCUCGGCAACUGAUGGGCUAUGCCAUAGCUUCCAGUCGUUCAACACCUGCUACAAGGACACCGGUCUGUGGGGCAUAUACUUCGUGUGCGACCCGCUCAAGUGCGAAGACAUGCUGUUCAAUGUGCAGAACGAAUGGAUGCGCCUCUGCACGAUGGUGACGGAGGGUGAAGUUGAACGGGCCAAGAACUUGCUGAAGACGAACAUGCUGUUGCAGCUGGAUGGCACUACGCCCAUCUGUGAGGAUAUUGGCCGUCAAAUGCUUUGCUACAAUCGCCGCAUUCCGCUGCACGAGCUGGAGCAAAGAAUUGAUAGCGUUACAGCCCAAAAUGUGCGUGAUGUAGCAAUGAAGUACAUUUUUGACCGCUGCCCAGCUGUAGCUGCCGUAGGACCGGUUGAAAACCUGCCUGACUAUAUGCGCAUCCGUUCGUCCAUGUACUGGACCCGCCUGUAGGAUGAUUACGUAUAACCAGUCCACAACAUUUGGCGAUUAGGAACCGGCGCCGGAUUGCGCAAACGAAAAGAGACUCCAACGAAAUGUAAUCACAUCUGAUCUAGAUGUGACUCACAUUGUUGGACCGACUUGGAAUGCUUUUUCCACAACGCUCCAAUAACCGCCGUACUAGAACAAUUACCAUACGACGCUUUCAAUUGUUUCCUUUGAUUGUACAGAUAGUCCAAAUGGAUUUAAAAGAAACGCUAAAUUAAAAAUUAAAUAAAUUAAAAACUCA